GUAUGUCGUUCGCUAUUUCAACGUGAUUACGUGACGUGAGUGUAAAAUUCGCAAACAUGUUUUGACUAAAGUAUAAAUUAUUGUGUACUUGUAAACUGUUUCAGUCAGAAUUCAGUGCUAUCAUAAAUGCUAGUAAGAAAAUCCUGAUAAAUUAUCGAAUUGGCAAAUUACUAAAAGUUAUCUUAAUAAUUAUUUUGGUUCGAGGUUACAGCUUAGGUUGGUAACUCUGAUCGUCCGAUAUUAUAUUUACGUCACUAGUCGGAUUGAAUCUGUCAGUGAGUGAAUUGGUGAACGUUUAUGUUGUCACGGAUUUAUUUUUUUAAGGAAGAUAGUUAUUAAUUGAAUUGAAAUUGUGCCGUUUUACUUUAUAAUUAUUGCGUAUUACUAUAUCAACGAAUCUAAAAGUAGGUCGAAGCAAUGAGCGAUAACAAAGACAUUAAGUUAUAAUAUUUCAAGUAAUAAAUAAAAUUCUGAAACUUCUUAAAACCUCCUGAAUAAUAGUGUUUUUUUGUGGAAUAAGUCUAGAACUGUUUGUAACUGAAAGUGACCUAUCAGUAUUGCAACGAUGUCAUCACUCGGGAAUCAGUGGCGAGUAAUUCGACACUAUCUUUCCCUUACGAGUUGGAACACGGAGAUGGAAAAACUGGCCCAAAAACUAAAGCCCAUCACAUCGGAUCAAUGGGAGAACUUGCUGAAGAAAUUUGAGAAUAGUAUAUCUACAAAAUUGAAAGAAACACAGAAGGAAACAACUAGUCAAAAUGUAUUAAAAGCAACUGCAAUUGAGGAAGCAGCGACAGAGACUAAAGAAGUUGCUAAAGAGAAUAUUGAGAGGGCUGAAGAGAAGGCAAUGGAAAGCUUUCCUGAGAGUUCUCCUAUGACAUUUGAAAGUUUAAUGCAAGGACUCAGGCUAAAGAAGGAUCUACACUUUGGCAAGAUAUCUGAACCCAGCUGGAAAAAUAAUAAACCUAUAGUAACUAAGACAUCGAUCCACUCACGUACUGCGUACGUGAUCUCCGCUCUGUUAACUGCAGAGACGGAAGAUGCGUUGCGACGCCGCGCCGAACACUUCGUGGACCAUUUGCUCCAGUACCCCGAGGCACGAGACUAUGCCAUUAAGGUAUACAAAUACUACAAUCAGAAAAGGAAAGAUGUGUUUUUCUGA